UUGCGUGUUCCCAUGCAUGGCUGCAGUAUAGCCAUCGUGGAUGCUGCGGGCGCUGCCUGAGGACCCCCGGUCACCCAUGUCUAGGCCAUGACCUGACUAGGGGUCCUGCUGCCUGGUGGAUGCGGCAUCUUCACGUUCCAGCUGGUGCAAAUUGCAGCUAUCACCGCCUCGUUUAUUCAUUUGCCGAUUUGACCAUGGCCAUCCACGACCGAGAGACCGAGCCAAAAGCCGCGACGCUCAAGUCAUGGUGGCGCAAGCUGCUACUGGCGAAAGAAGGCGCCGAGUGCACGUGCCACAAGCUGCCCUACCACGCCGACGCCAAGCGCCGGGCCAAAGCCGCCAACCAGCGCCAGAAGAAGACAACCAUUUUCGUCUGGUCGCCGAUGCAGCUGCCGCGGAAAUACAAAAGCGAUAUGCGGAAUCGCGCGCUCGUGGGCGGCCGCCCCGUCCCUUUCAUUCCGUCCCAAAACGACAAGUGGAAAACCUAUCGCAACAGCAGCUCGUUCGAAGCCAUUGAUGAAGACAUAUUGUGCACAUUUUGCGCCCUUCGAUGCACACGCGACGAGAGCGACGUGGACACGUGGUGAUUUUGCGUUGAAUGUCAUAAUAGUAAUGGACGUUUUUGAGAGUUUACG